UCGGGGGUUGGUACUUGGGCUCUGUUUGACAGCCUGUUAAUAAAGACUCAACACAAAACAGCUGCCUGUGAUGUAAUGUGGAACUUCUUCCACAGAGCCUGUAUUUACAAGCAGAGAGGCGUGCGAGAGCAGCACUGUGCUCAGUGAAAGUGAAGAAGUCCAGUGUUGUGUCAGUGCUGCCAGUCAGUGGGAUUUUAAAUGUGUUUGCUGUGGUGAGUCAGGCUCAUGUUAUUAAACAAGACUCAUGAGAAAGAGUGCACCCCACACUGGUGGAAAGAGGGUUAGAAGGGUCAGCCUCAGCUGGUUACCUGCUGAAGAACUGGAUACACAGAACUACAGACUGAAAUGGCUCCUGGAGGUGUAGCGAGUCAUUGAGAGAAUCAAUACAUUGGUGCCAUGGCUGGAAGCAGACAGCAGGAGAAGAGAGAGCUCUGGAAGCGACUGUCAUUGGACAGCAGCCUUGUGGGGCACAUGGACUCCAACAAGUGCAUAGAGGAACUGUUGAAACAGCUGGAGGAGGAGCGCAGGAGUGUGCGAAGGGAGAAGCUGGCAGCGGCGCGGUUGCAGCGGGAAGUUGCACGAAGCAAAAGUGAAGGAACAAUGCGAGAGAAGCUGAUACACGAGUUGGAGGAAGAAAGACGUUUGAGACUCGAGAGUGAGAAACGAUUAGGGGAGGUGACAGUGGAGUCGGAGCAGAGCACAGCUCACAUGAUUUCAUUGCAGCAGCAGCUCUCCAGGAUGGAAGAGACAGUGCGGAAUUUACUGCAGAACCAGGGGGCCCUGGAUCAGACUGCUGUGGACACGGUGGACAUUAUGAAGGUCUAUAAGGGUAAACUUUCCGAAGGAGUCAAAAAGCCAAAGGAAGCGGUGGAAGACCUGAACCUGGCAGCAGAGGUGGAUUACCACAGUGAAGGCAGCGGGAAUGAGAAGGGGAAGGACAAAACCACGCUGCUUCUGGAAAGGCUGCGAACAUUAGAGGCAGAGAACUCGGCCCUGACAACGGAAAAUGAAACCCAGAGAGAGCAGUAUGAGCGCUGUCUUGAUGAGGUGGCAAAUCAGGUUGUCCAGGCUUUGCUUACUCAAAAGGAUCUCAGAGAAGAAUGUCUCAAACUGCGGACGCGGGUGUUUGAUCUGGAGCAGCAGAAUCGAACGCUCAGUGUUCUGUUCCAGCCGCGAGUCCGGCCAGCUUCUGAUUUACUGCUUCAAAAACUCCACUCGCGCAUCAUGGACCUGUCGGCCGGAGACCUGCUGUCUGACUCUGAGAGGAAUAAAAGCUUCCUGCAGUUACGAACCACAGAAACUGACAGUCAUGAGUCCCAGCAGAAUGUAAAAUCUGAAAUACCCGUCUUCAAAUGCCAGAGUCAAUUAAGUUUGACAGUACCAACACAACUGUACCCCCGCAGCAGCUGCAGCAGCAGUGAACGCUCCCUGUCGAGUGCCUGCAGCGAAUAUUCCAGUGGCUCCUGCACUUGGAAUGAUGGAAAAUUAUGCAGCAAAAGGUCAUCACUGAACUGGGAAAAAACAGUGAGCAUUGGCUCCUCAGCCACCAAUGUUUCCAGCCCUGCUGAGGAACAGCUGCCCACCAGAAAGAAGGAAAGCCACAUCCUGGAAGGCCUGAGAAAGCUCCAAAAGAGGAAGCCGAUGGAGCCACCUUCACUCAUAUCCAAAUGGGGAUACAAGGACUGCAUGAACUCCAACGAAGGGAUAUACUCACCCGGUAUAAAGUGUGUGGGUCAUGGUGGUCCUAAGUCCCAGCUGCCAAGCAAACCUGUGGGAAUGUGCAUGAACCGCGAGCAGGUGAAAAAAAUUGCCUAUGACUCUGAUUCUCACGAUGAUGCAGAUGACGAAUCUACAAAUACACCCACCCUACCCCACAAUUUACCAAAUAAGGACUGUAGGAUGUUCUGUAAAAAGUUAACACACAGUGUUUCUGAUAGCCUGUUCAGCUGGGGGAACAGUGGAAAAUCAAUGAUGGAGAGAAAACCCUCGUACUUCAACUCGGAGCGACCUGAAAAACUAACAAGCUUCAACGGCCUUCUCUUGAGUGAGAAAACAUGUACAAGCUUCAAGCCCCCAGUGUUGAAGUUUAAGACCAGUCCUACAGACUUAGAUAGUGCACUCCAGCUUUCUGACAUUGAUGAUCUGGAAGUCCCGGAGGACUUGCAUGUGGAAAGUAGGGAUGAUACAAGCAGUGCAGUGAUCCCUUUUGCUGAGAAACAAGCACUAGGCGGCUCUAACAGGCUUUCAUACGAGUUUGACAACCUUCCCCUUCCACAAUGUGAAAAAGAUCUCAGUUGUUCUUCACAACUGGACAGUAGGCCAAAGACUUUUAAUUUGAUGAAGCAGAACAAGGUGGUAAGAAAGACCUCGUCUGAAGAAUGUAUCUCUGUAAUAUUUGAUGUGGAAGACGGGGAGCCUAUUGAGCUCAGUUCACACCAGACUGGAGUCAUCUCUGUGACUAGAAAUGAGAUUUCUGUGAACCGGCAGGAGACCAUAUCCACUGCCGAAUAUACUGAGCUUGUACCUCAGGGAAUGGCUAAUUGUCAGAAAGGAAGCAAAGUGAGGAACUACUCAGUCCUAGAAUCCCCACAAAACAAAGCUGAACUGCAGCCUGACAAUAUGGCAAAAAAAAAUGUUAUUCUUUCGAGUGUAUGCACUAACACCCCACGGUCUGAAAGACUGCUGUCACACAUUCCUCAGCAACCAAAAUUAACAAAGCCAGCCAAUAAUAAUGCUCACAAACUUAAUUAUGUACCUUCUAUGCAGACAACUUCCUCUCAAAGGACAAAUUUGACCAAAAUACCAAGCAGUGGCAAAGGGUUGCCACAAAAGGUCUUUAAGGCAUCUGUGAGUGAAACCAACAAUAACAAUGGGACAUCCAGUUCUUCAUGUCAAGAAAAGUCACCGUCCUCUCCCCCAGUUAAGCUAUCAAGGUUCAUAAAAUCUCCUGGGGGUGGUUGUAACCAGAUCCUAAAGGCAGAAUCGGUAGUUUUAAAGCACAAUGCACAACCUCAACAGAGCUCCAAGAUUCCCUGUAGGAAUGACUGGGGAAAGGGAUCUAACACUGGAGUACCAGGUUCUCCCCUGUUGCCUAGGCGACACAUGGAACCUGUUGAUUACGGGGAGCCUCCAACCAGAGACAGGCACUGUGAUCCUGGACAAGCUGAACUCAGGUCUCCUUCUCCGCCUCCACCACCAGACAGAUCUACCUCCUUAAUGAUAAGACCGAACUAUGAAAUCACCCCUCCACUAGCACUUAAACCUGGAACCCACCUCAGUACUUCAAAUGCUUCAAGAGGAGGGUCUGCUGCAUUGUUGCAUCAUCACCAUCAGCCAUCCCAACUUGAUGUUCAGCAUCAAAGCCCUCAUAUUAUGCAAGAUUCAGCAGAAUUAGAUGUAAGUCAUUGUGCUGAGUCAGCCCCACAGAAAUUGGUAGAUAAUAUCACCCAGCAGCACCAAAGUUCUCCCAGAGCCCAUCAGACCCGAACAAAAAGUUCUCCUAAAAGGGUUUCUGUGAAAAUGUUUCGUCCUUCUUCCACUUCUGGCCAUGCUCAGGGUAUCAGUGAACCUAUAGCAAAGAGCUCUAAAAACAUUUCCUGUUUUUACAAUCCUCAGAAAGGUUCCUCACUACAAAGCACAUUUACCAGUAAGAAUGGGCUUUCCUGUGAGAAUGGGUUGCCGCCGCAGUACAAAACAUCUAGCAGCUUGCCAAUAUCUCUCCAGGGUCACUUGCAAAGUACUAUUGAGCCACAUGGGACUCAGGGACAUGGUUCCCAAGUGACACCAACGUCACCUGGUGCUGAAAACAGUCUUCAGAACACUGAAGAAAAAAUUGUAAAGACACGUAUUCCCAUUGGGCUCAAAGUCCUUGUUAAAUCUCCACCCGUGCUAAGGAAAAUCAUAACAGUGCCUGGUAAGCAGGAAAAAGAUAAUAUUAAUACAGCUUCCAAAGGAACAGUGACGUCAAGCAAUUGUAGGCAGUGUGAUGCAUCGCAGGGAACGAGAAGUUUUGAAAUGGUGACUGCAAAAUCUGAUCAGGAGAUUAGAAGUGAUAUUCAGGAAGGUUAUUUGAAUGAAGAAACACUGUCACCAGUAUUGAAUGACAGUGAGAGUCCUGUUGCAGACAAAGGAGAUGGAGAAAAUAGGCUGUUCAAAAGGUCAGUUUCAGUGACAAAUAAGCCCCAUUUAAAGCCUGCCCUGGGAAUGAAUGGAGCAAAAGCCCGCAGCCAGAGCUUUAGCACACACACUGGGGAUAAAACUUGCACCAGUGUAAUGGAAGGGCCUGGUAAGAUACGUACUCAGAUCAUAACAAACACAACGGGAAGGGGAAGCUCCUUAACAAGACAGAACUCUUCCAUUGAAGGGUUUCAGCUGACCCCUGGAAGCGGUCCGAGUGAAAGCCCUUCUCAUUCUCCAAGGGGGGUUGACCAUUCCUACACCAGGCAAAGCUCUUAUGGAAGCAUGAGUAGUUCAAGCAGCCACCAAGGUAGCCCAAGCAAAGUUACUAGUAGAACUACCCCCAAAGCAGAUGGUCCUCGAAACGGGUCCAAGUAUGAGGGCAACAAGUCACCACCUCAAAAAGAAGCACGUAGCCUACCUUUAGCCGACAGGUUUGAUUCUGUCUCACCGUCUCAUUUCUUACCGGAGCAGGCAUCUGAAAGCAUUGGUAGCAGUUUGCUAAACCCUAGCCAAAUUGAAAUAAUGAGACCAGCAAAAAAGUCGGAAAACCCCACAAGAGGGCCAGAGGUAACAGAACAACUCAGUCCUUCGGUAUCCAUGAUAGAAGAGAAAGUUAUGAUGGGCAUUCAAGAGAACAUGCAGAAAGGUCAAGGGAAGGAAAAGUCGCAGGUCACAGAGACAAAACUAAAAACUGGUUCUUCAUUGGCCAGCUGGUUUGGUUUCCGCAAAAGUAAGCUCCCUGCACUAAGUAACAAAAAAGCUGAAACCUACAAAGCAAAAGAAGAGAAGAAAGAAGUCAAGAUUAGAUCUGUACUGGGGAACAAGCAGAUAAAGCCAGACAAAAAGAAAGAUAAGAAAAAUGAACAGUGCAAAGAUAGUCAUGGGCAUUCAACAAAACCAGAGAAUAAUGAUAAAGUGGUUUCAAUCAUGGAUCACUGCAAUAGUAAGAUAGGUCCACCAAUGAAACAGCUUCAGCCUUCUACAACCAAGGACCAAUUUAUGAAGGACCUACUGAACAGGAGUGUGUCGAAGGGCAGCUCCCCAGACUCAUCUCUUCCCACCAUCCCUAUCAGCACCCAAGGGCACCACAAGAUAAACAGCGAAAUGAAGGCAGAUAUGGAAAUGCACAAUGAAACUGUGACCAAGAUUGUGACACAGAAGAUCAACAUUAUGGCAGACGAUGAUGAAGAGACCAUCCACGAACCUUCUUGUCAAGAUCAUAUGCUAGGGUCAAGCUGCCAGAUGAGAACCCUGGACAGUGGGAUAGGAACUUUCCCCCUCCCUGACUCAGUCACUAGGGUGACCGGAAGACAUCUCCCCAAAUCCCAAUCCAACCCUGAGAAGGUAGUAACUGUCUCCCCAGAUCCAGGUGAAAUCCUGCCUGAAACCACUCUACCAAAGGCCAAACCCCGGGAACGAAAAGUGCCUCCCACCUCUGAGACUUGUCAACAACAGCCAAGUGCUGUUUGUCACUCAAUGUCUGAGCCUAGCAUGGCUGCCAAAGCUGGGCAUACUCUUCAGAGCCGGCUUCCCUUGCCAACCACCUCAGGCAUAAUGAAACCCAAGGGAGUGUGUGUAAAGAAGCCGAACCCAGUUUCUGCCAAGACUCCUGACAGCCACGAGAAGCAGGCUGAGAAGAGGAAGAACAGUCAGGACCAAAGCAGUCUGCAAACUGAUAGAACGCUACUGGAGUGCACAUAUUCAGCCAGCAGCAGCGAUAGCGAAACUGAGCCUGAGUAUGAAUCAAAAGAGAUUGGAACUGGUCAGGAAGUGCUUUUAGACCAAAUGAAAAGCAACACGCACGUUGAUCAAGAUGAGCAUGCUGUGAAGAAGAGUUGUAUUGUGAGCCCCAUGUCUAUUAUGGAUUUCUACCAACAUAAGGCGUAUGUCCAUUAUGGAAAGGAGAGACACAAGGACAUGUCACAGUACAGCCUUGUACACACUGAAGGAAAGGCUGGAGACAGUCCAAGUAAAUUGAAACAAGUAGAAGAGAAGAAGAAAGAAACUAAGAUGUCUGGCUUCCCUAAAAUCUCCCUCGAGUCUCUUAAUAAACUCAACAGCGACAGCGGCCCUUUCCCGGACAAGGAGAAGAAGAGCCUGAAUAAGGCUGAAGAGGAGAAAGCAGAUGAUGCUGGAAAUGAAGAAGCCUGUUCUAGUUGUUCUGGUAAAGCUGGUUUGGACAAUCUGGGAUCAUUAAGCGAUUCCUUAUAUGACAGCUUCUCAUCCUGUACCAGCCAAGGCUCCAGUGACAUAUAGAGACUCUACGAUACAGAUUGAACUUCUUCCUGAGAGAGCACUUAAUAUAACAAGGAAAGAAGUUAAUGUGAUUGUUAGAAUUAAAAAAAAACAACAACACCAUUGAAGCCUAAGGUGUAAGAAAUAAAAGCAGGUGCAAAAAAAAAAAAAAAAAAAAAAACUGUUUUCAUUCAGAGGACAAUAAUAUUUGUAAACCUUAAAUUGAUGGUAGAGCCUAACUUUGAUUUUUUAUAUAAUGCGAUUUCGUAACUUUGCACUGUUAUAAAUACUGUACAGAGAUUUCUGUAAAUUAAAACAAAAAAUAUAUUUGUAGCAAAAUGAUAUAAAGCAAUAAAUAUUAUCAGUCGGUGCCAUCACCCAAGUUUACAAAUUAUUAAGACUUGAUUUGAAGAUUUAAAAUAUAAUGUUAAUUUGUUUAAUAGUAAUUUAAAUUAUAUGCUUAUUGAUGUUUUAAAUUCUGUAUUUUUGAGAAAACUUCGUCUUUUUUUGGGUUAGUGACAUUGUUGAAUUAUAAACAGAAAUCUUAAAACAAUUGACGUAACACACAGAAAGAAUUCUUUGACUUAAAUGUAAAGGUCUGUUAAUUUGUUAGUAAAAGAAAAUGUGAUGUUUAAUUAACUGUUCUGUUAAAUCUACUGACACAAACCUUAUCACCUUAACUCUGGGUAUUCUGUUUUUUUUUGGCAAAUCAAGUCUAAUAUCAACAUUUACACAGCUCACUUUUCAUGGUGCUAAGAACAAAACACACUGUUGUUUUUUUGUUUGUUUUUUUCUAUGAAAGUUGUGUUCAUAUGUAAGGAGAGAGUCUAUUUCAAAGGACAUCUGUAUUUUUCUAGCUGUGCUGUAUUUAUACCCACUUUUGUAAAUUGAACGGAAAAAUAGUGUAUUUGUGUUAUUUCAGAUUUUUUUCCAAUAAUUGUUACAGUUUAAAAUAAUAUGGUACCAACAGUGUUACUUUGGUAAUAAUUUGUGCAAUUUUUGCUGUCACGUAAGAAUUUAUGCCACAUUUUAUGUAAUGAUGUUGUCAGAAAGAAAUAAAAUGAUUUUCGUUUUUUAAGUUUUAAAAAGGGCUUGUCUCAUAUUUAGAAGAGACACUGUUUGCACUCCUGCUGUGGAAAAACUCUUCACCACAAAUCAAAGUAACUUUGCAGGAAGACCCAGAGGUUAUGGGCAUCAAUGGCUCUUGUAGGUUGAAUAUUGUUCACCCCAUGGUCUCAGUGAUGAUGA